AUGUUGAUGGGACUUGCUCAGAAAAACGUAAAGAGCUCUAUGGAGCCUUCAACUUCACGUGAGGAUGGUUUUCUCGGAACACCUGUCUUGUUUCACCCAUUCCAUGGUGAAAACAUCGAGCUCUUGGAACAUAGAAGGCGAGCACUUCGACGCGUCAGUUUUGAAAAGGGAGUGGAAGGAGGUUGGUCUGGCCAUCUACGAAUUGGACUAACGACAAUUGAUCCUGAAACAAGGCCAUCUAUAAGGAUCCAUGUUGUUUUGAAUGGUUUUGACAUUUGUCCUAACUUUGGACCAAUUCCUUCGAACCUUGCUUUUUUUUCGCUUGUGCGAGUUGUAUAUCCGGGUCCACGCAUGCCAGCACGUCUGUACACUCUUUGUUCGGAUCGACUGCGAUGCCUUUAUAAUGAGAGGAAAUGUUCCUUGUCUGGCUUACCGGCACCUCUACGCAUUCAGCUGGAGCAAGAGUGGAACAGAGACACUCGAGACGCCUCAUAUUAUGACUGGGAAGGAGUGCGGUAG